ACGAGACAAAAUGACUUCUCAGGUUUAUUUCAAUGAAACGCGAUUAACCGGUUGAUCACCGGCGGUUUGUUCACAUCAGACAUGACGUGUUAAUCCGGUGUUCGGUGACGACAGCGGCGUUUCCGGUGGAGCUACAUGCUAAUGCUAACAGACAGAAUGUCGUCAUUCAUUCACACUGAGGGGACGUUAUUAAAAACAUGCUGAGGACACUGUGAUGACACGCUGAGGACACGCUAAGACGAGGUCUGUGUCCAGGUCCUUCAGUCAGACAUGAACUCCACACGGUGCUGAAGAUUUAAAAAUCAUUUUGGGACGUGUCUGACAUGUGGAGGUGAAGACGCAGUGUGACGGACGCCAUGCUGUCUCACAGCAGGAGGACACUGUCUCUUGUGAGAAGCUGCUCAGGUGUGUGCAGGACAUGCUUGUCCUCCAGCAGCAGCCCGUCCGUGGCGUCUGAUGGCAGCUUGGCGGGACUCGUCCUUCGCUCCCGGUCCACAGAUGUGUACCAGAACCUGGCUCUGGAGGACUGGAUUGACGCCAACGUGGACCUGCAGCGCAGCGGCGUCCUGCUGCUGUGGAGGAACCGGCCAUCCGUGGUCAUCGGACGCCACCAGAACCCCUGGACCGAGUGCAACCUGCCGGCCAUGAGGAGGGCGGGGAUCCCUUUGGCCCGCAGGCGGAGCGGCGGCGGGACCGUUUUCCACGACCUCGGGAACCUCAACCUGACGUUCUUCACGUCCAAGAAGGCAUACGACCGCCAGAGGAACCUGAGGGUCGUCACCGAGGCUCUGAGGCGCGUCAGGCCGGAACUGGACGUCCACGCCACCGACAGAUUCGACAUCUUACUCAACGGACACUUCAAGAUCUCAGGAAGUGCGUCCAGGCUGAGCAGGAAGUCAUCCUACCAUCACUGCACGCUGCUGCACUCUGCCAACCGCUCCGCCCUCGCCGCCGUGCUCCGCCCCUCUUGCCCCGGUAUCCACAGCAACGCCACGCCCAGCGUCCCCUCGCCUGUCGCCAACCUGCAAGACCACGCCCCCACGCUGCACUGGGAGGAGCUUCUGGACGCACUGGUGCACCAGUACAACACAGAGUUCGGCCUCCACGCCGCCUCCACGCUCGUGGACCCGGCUGACGAGUCAGCGUUUCCUGGUAUCAGCAGGGCGGCGGCGGAGCUGCGCAGCUGGGGCUGGACGUUCGGCAAAACGCCAAAAUUCAGCGUCCAGACCGUCCUGGAGCUGACAGACACUGACGGCGCUCGCAGCUCCGCCCGGCUGCACGUGGAGGUGAAGAACGGCGUGAUGGAGAGCUGUGAACUGGACGUUCCCGCAGACUGGCUGCCGCGGCGGCUGAGCGGCGAGCUGAGCAGCGUGCUGGUGGGCGAGAGGUUUUGCGCUCAGCGAGCGGCCGCAGCAGUUUGUGAGCUGCUGAGGUCAGAGAGCGGCGAGCUGCAGAGCAGACUGCACGUCCUGUGUGACGCCGUGGUGUCCGCCAUGGGCUGAAGUACAGACGACCAGCUGUGUGUGUUACAUCACUGUCAUUGUUUUUUUGUACAUGUGGCCAUGAGAUAAUUUAUCAAUAAACAAUAAAUAAAUAAAUGAAAAUAAAAUAAAUGUAUUUUCUCAUUUGAGGAAACAAAAGAAAUAAAACCAUAAAUAAAUUCUGUGUUGAUCAGUUUA